GCACUCGUCGCUACCCGACCGAUUCGCGAAGCCGAUAUUUCUACUGCAUCGCAGCCUUACUUCUUCAUAGGGCUGUUGCCUCUGUUCGCUUAUACACGCCGGUGUUUGCAGGGCGAAUUAAGCACAGAAAUAACCUUAAAGCGUGGACUACGUUCGGCAAUUCACAGCCCCGUCCCGAAAUAGCUAGCCGCCAGGAUCGGCUUGGCGAUUUCCAUUUUCGGAAGCGAUCCGGCAGUGAAAAGUCAGCAUCGCCAGAUUUCCACAAGUAGGAGGACGACGAGAAUUCGAAACGGCGAGUCGCAUGGGGGUCGCUUGGGAAGAAGCCUUGCAAUACUUCAAGCCUACCUCCGAGGCACAGCAAGAGAUUCGGUCACGUGAGAUAUUGACAGCUUUCUAUUGGCUAAGUAGGCUGCUAAACCUGCGAAGACUACCGGAAGGAUUUGAACAGCUCAUUCGAGUGCGCAAAGCCAGGCUCACCUUCCCCGCGUUUACAAUGCCUCGGAGACUAUCACGCCAUCCGCCAUUACCCCCCGAUUACAGUCACCUGCCGCCGAUCCUCCCACCCGAUCCAGAACCCAACGAGAACGCCCUCAAAACCUUCGCCCUAUCACGAGGCUCUGCGGGAACUCCACUUAGCUACCCACAAAUGGGGUGCGCAGGACUCCCAAAACGCUAUUCGUCGGGAAGAUCGUCGCCGAAAGAGGACAUCCCGCGGGGUGCGUGGCAACCGUUUAUGGCUUGCGUAGGCGAGGCUUUUGGAGCCCCGACAGUGGAACCGGCCAACUUCAACACCAUGCAUGAUGAUCGCGUGAUCUCCCAUCCAGUCCCGUGUAGCCACGCAAACACGAAGUUUUCGUGGGCUGUGUGGGACAGAGAUUUCGAAAGAGAGGGCUCGACUGGGUGGUGGGAUGACUAUGACGACAUACUUUGCGUCGUGCCUAGAAAAGAAGAAAUGCAGGGUUUGUGGGGUACGGCGUGGCUUGGGGCCAAGAUUGUGGAAAGUGUUUAUAUGGGAGCGUGCGAAGCUGCCGACAAGACUUAAGCAUCGUGCACAAGAAACGAAAGACUUCAACAGUAACUGACACCAUGCCUUCUCCACACACCGCUGAGCAACGCCGUGAGCCCACGUACACGGACGCCUACGAACCAGGUCGACCUAGGCAUCCACCUCCUCCUGAUCACCAACGCGCACGGCGCCCACGCUAUGAGGAUGAACAUGGACGAGACGGUACUGCUAC